ACGAGCGCCUCAGGCCCUCAGCCUCUCCGUGACUCGGAGCUGUCCGUCUCACUGCAUCUGCGUGCGUGCGUCACUGCCGUGCCGCUGCCCCGCCCGCGGCCGCGAUAAAUAACUCGCCUCUCUCCUCCGUUCUCACCUCCUAAUCCAGGGACCCAACCACCUUGACUUUCUUUUCGCGUUGCGUUGAGCGCUGCAUCUGCGAUUCCUGUUCUCUCCACUCGGCACCUGAGAGAGAAUCCUCUAUCCUCCCCCCACCCCCCUGCACGCGGCGGCAUCGUUGGUUCGCUUGGUUUCCGUGCGGGUGUUGUUGCCCGGCUUGCGUGACAUUGGAGGAGGAGGAGGAGGAGGCGGCGGCGUGAUCGAUGGGGAACUGCGUGGCAAGCGGCGGCACGACGUUGACGGCGGCGGGUGCGGGAGGGGAGGACGGGAGGAGGCGGGGGAGGAGGUGGAAGGCUCCGCGGGAGGAGCAGCUGGGGGCGGUCCCCGGCCGGAUCUUCUCCAACGACGGCCGCAGCCGCACCGCCGCCGUGUUCACGCAGCAGGGGCGCAAGGGGAUCAACCAGGACGCCAUGCUCGUCUGGGAUGGAUUCGGCGGGGAGGAGGACGGCGUGCUGUGCGGGGUGUUCGACGGGCAUGGGCCGCACGGCCACCUGGUGGCGCGCAGGGUCCGCGACACGCUGCCGCUGAGGCUCAUGUCUGCUGUGCGCGCGUCCAAGGCCGGGCUGGACAUGCCGGCCGCCGCGUGGAGGAAGGCCUUCGCGCGCGCCUACAAGGCCAUGGACAAGGACCUCCGCUCCCACGCCACCCUCGACUGCUUCUGCAGCGGCAGCACCGCCGUCACCGUCCUCAAGCUCGGCUCGGAUCUCUACAUGGCCAACAUUGGGGACUCACGCGCCGUGCUCGGCUCGAGGGACGGCGCCGGCGGCGCCAUGGUGGCCGUGCAGCUCACCGUUGACCUCAAACCCGAUGUCCCAAGCGAGGCAGAACGGAUCAAGAAGUGCAGGGGCAGGGUGUUCGCCCUGCAGGACGAGCCGGAGGUGCCGCGGGUCUGGCUACCGUUCGACGACGCGCCGGGCCUGGCAAUGGCACGGGCGUUUGGGGACUUCUGCCUCAAGGAUUACGGUGUCAUCUCCGUGCCCGAGUUCUUCCACUGGUCUCUCACAGAGAAGGACCAGUUCGUCAUCCUUGCAUCGGAUGGGGUGUGGGAUGUCCUUAGCAACCAAGAGGCUGUUGACAUAGUGUUGUCGUCCCCAAGCCGAUCAAAGGCAGCCAAAUCCCUCGUCGAGGCAGCUAACCGUGAAUGGAAAACCAAGUAUCCAACAUCAAAGAUCGAUGAUUGUGCAGUGGUUUGCUUGUAUUUGGAUGGCAAAAUGGACCAUGAGCGUGACUCCACAGCAUCGAUGGACAACAUCAGCCUCGACGAGGCUUCAGUCGCAGACCCACAUGAAGCGCAGGAUCAGGAGCCAACGUUAACUCGGAAUUUCACCGUCAGGACGGUUGCCGGGAGCGCUCAAGAGAAGGCUUUGGCAGGAGCGGCGGAUACAAUGAUCGCCGGUGCAGCCCACGAUCAAAAUUGGUCAGGCCUCGACGGAGUGACGAGGGUGAACUCGCUCGUCCAGCUCCCCAGGUUUUCCGAGGAGAAGGCGAUGGGCUGAGGCGCCGCCAUUCUUAUUUUUUAUUUUAACUUAGUUUCUCCUGUUCUGAAUUUAGUUUAGUUGUCCUUUGUUUCAGAGAAAAGGUAGAAACGAUAUGAUCUUGUGAUUU